UUUAUUAAAUAAUUUAUACUUGUAAUUAUAUGUUCACACAUGUGAUCUUUGUAUUUGUCACAAUAAAAGCUUUUGUUCCUGUCAUUCAAACUUAUAAAACAAAAUGCGUAAAAUAUAUUUGAUCGUUAUAAAUUCUUAAAUGUUUUCAAAGUUUAAUUGUUUACAUUCAGAAGUAGACUUAAGAAAGCAUUAUUUAACAUAGUGAUUGAAAGUGGGGUUAUAUUUUCCGUCUAAAAAAGUGAUUAUCAGAUCCAAAAAAUUAAAAGAUUUUAUAAGAGUUUUAAGUAAUGCAUGUAACAGUAUAAUUGAUGUAUCAUUUUGUCUUUUAACAUAAUAAAAAGUUAGGUAUCAUACAAAUUACAAAAAUGACAUCUCGGUUCAGCGGGGCUUUGCAAUUAACAAAUCUGGACGAUUUUAUUACUCCGUCACAGGAAUGUAUUAAACCCAUUGAAAUUCAAGCAUCAAAAAGGAAAACUGGAGCAAAAAUAAAAAUAGAGGAAGAUGGUACACCUUCAGUACUAAAUGAAAUUGGACAACGUGAAAAGUUGCAAAAAGUUGAAAUCACACUUGCUGAUUGUUUAGCUUGCAGUGGUUGUAUCACGUCUGCAGAGGGUGUAUUAGUAACACAACAAAGUCAAGAAGAACUUUUACGAGUAUUUAGGGAUAAAGUUUCUCAGUGUCAAAAUGUAAAUAAUACAUGUUCCAUGUACAUACUUGUUAGCCUCUCUGUACAAGCAAUAUUGUCCAUAGCAGAACGUUAUAGUCUCAAUCCAGAAGAAGCAUUACAUAAACUCGCUGGUUAUUUUUAUGAAUUAGGAGCAGAUUCAGUUUUGGACAUGACUGUAGCUGAUGAUUUUGCGCUUCUAGAGUCAGCUAAAGAAUUUGUAGAACGUUAUAAAGCAGCUAAAGGAGGUGUAGAUAAUCAUUUGCCAAUGUUAUCUUCUUCUUGCCCAGGUUGGGUGUGCUAUGCUGAAAAGACCCAUGGUAAUUUCAUACUUCCAUACAUUAGUGUAACAAAAUCUCCCCAACAGAUUAUGGGAUCAUUAGUUAAAUAUUAUUUAGCCGAAACUAUGGGUCUUUUACCAGACCAAGUGUACCAUGUUACUCUAAUGCCUUGUUAUGAUAAGAAAUUGGAAGCAUCUAGAGAAGACUUUUACAAUCGGGAUAGAAAAUCUAGAGAUGUAGAUUGCGUAAUAACUCCAAUUGAACUAGAACAAAUGCUUAAUGAAUCCAAUACAGUCUUAAAUGAAGUAAAAGAGAGAGAGAUUAAAAGGCCGUUUGGAUCACAAAUUGAUAAUUUGGAAAACGAUCUAUAUAGCCAUAGUGGUUCUGGAUCUGGUGGUUAUGCAGACUUUAUUUUCCGUUAUGCUGUGAAACAUUUGUUCGGAGAAAAUGAUGUACAUGUUGAAUUUAAAAACCUCAGAAAUCCCGACUUCCGAGAAGCAGUGUUUCAAAGGGAUGGAAAAGUACUUUUAACAUUUGCUAUUGUUAAUGGAUUUAGAAACAUACAAAAUCUUGUGCAAAAAUUAAAGCGACAAAAGUGUACAUAUGAUUAUGUUGAAGUUAUGGCUUGUCCUUGUGGAUGUCUUAACGGAGGAGCACAAAUUAGACCCUUAAAUAAUAUCCAACCUCGCGAGUUGGCAUUAAAAUUAGAAUCUACAUAUCAUGAACUUCCUCAAAGCGAUCCUAAUAAAAAUCAGAUUAUUCAAAACCUCUAUAGAACUUGGUUAGGAGGAGAUUCUACCAAUAAAGUCUUAGCAUUCUUCCACACACAGUACCAUGAAAUUAAAAAAAUGAAUACAGCUCUUGCAAUAAAAUGGUAGUUACACAUUGUAUUAUUAUUUCACUAUAUACAGGUGGGGUUCUAACAAUUUUUAUAAUUAUGAAAUCUGUACUUCAUAAAUUUUUAAUAUGUAAUCUAUGUACAUUAAAAAAUUGUAUAAAUAGUUCAUAACAUAAAAGUUUGUUAUUAAAUUGAAAUUAAAAUGUAAUCACGACUCUGUUAUAAUAAUAAUUAUGUUGUAUUAUUUAAACAGUAGGUUUAUUGCAUACAACUAUUUCACAAGAAGUAAAACAUAUAGCACAACGAAUAUAAACUAUGUUUUUAUAAAACAAUUACUUUAUGAAUAAGUUUUUUCCACUAUAAUGCUAAAAUGUACAAGAAAUAUAAAAUAGAAAAUUGUUUACAUACCAAUUUGUUUAUCACAUUUACAUAGUAAUAUUAUUUAUUUGAAGUGCAAAAGAUUGUCUUUCAUAUUAUCUUAUAUUGUUUUAUGCAAAAAUCUAACGUGACUUGUAAGUACUACCUCCGUUCUAAAAUAAAUGUCUACAUUAUGUACUUUUAUUAUGCAUAAAUGGAAUACUUACUUUUGAACAGAGGGAGUAAUAAGUAUUAAGAGAACAAUUGUCAUUUCAGGAAAAAGUGAUAUAGUUGUUGCUUAACAAUGUAAAUAUGUAUAGUAUGUAAUUGUAAUUGCACAUAGUAUACAAUAACAGCCUAUAAUAUUUAUAUAUGUAUAUAAAAUAAGUGAAUACUAUUUUUUAAUAUAUAAGACUAUGUAAGUAAAUUAAUUACUUAAAAUAGUGUAGUUUUUAACUAAUAAUACUGAUGAAAUCCUUAUAAAUAAUACAGACAUGUAAAUAGAAACAUUA